UCGAGUUCAGACGCGUUCUAGUGAGAUCCCUGCAUCGUUACCGGUUAACCCUUUUCGACUAGGGCGGAAACAUUCGACUGUCCCACAUUUGUGUACACAGUUGCGACGUCGAUUAGAGCAUAGAACAAUACAUUCUAUCAAUUUUCCCGGGUUUCGAAGAGUCCGAUACGGAGUUUUGUGUGUGUAACGUUGACUAACCGUCCGGUGGGGUAGUAUAAAACGUCAAAGUGUAGCUAUUCCGAACAAAAUUCAAACACUCUCUUCGCGUUGUACCUAUCCAUCCGACGUCUCGGUGAAAAGUUCGGGAGGUGAAAAAUUUUCCGGGUGUGUUUCCACCCCUUCGCUGCAGUCAGAGGAAAAUUGGGGCCAACCAGCCAGCCAGCCAGCCAGUGGCAUAGAGAGCGAGAGUUUCACGUUCAAUUUCAGUGUUUUUGCGACACUGAUUGAAGAGUUGGUACCGAAUUUCCUGUCUACGAGAGUGACUAAAAGCGUUGUCAUAAUUCGGGAACUUUAGCGGAGAGCAAAGAACAACGAACUGAAAUUGCUACCUGGUGUGUAAAGUAAUGUGAUAAAAUGCGAAGGAAUUUCUCAUCCUUUCACAUUCCUCAACCGGUCUGUCUCAGAAGAAGGGGGACCAUGUGUGUUUCAUAUUUUCCGGUAUCCCUCCCGCACGUAGAUCAAUGUGACUCGGUAUAAUCGUGCAUCGUUGCGUUCACGGGAGCGUGGGAAUGAAACCGGGUCCCACUUUUGGCCGGACCAGCUUUAUUUCGGACCAUUAGUUUAGAUUAGUGCUGCUUUGUUCGCGGAAACGGAACAGGAAAAUCUGCAGUGUCCAUCCCACUGCAGAUGGACUAGAUUAAUGGUCGCACAUAAACAGGUGAAACAGUCUCCGGGUGUGUAUCGAAGUGGAGAUUUAUGGCUGUUUACGCUACCGCCGUCGCAGCAGGCGGAAAUGAAACUGUGUCAGCUCGACAGUUUUUCGACACCGUUGGUGAAAUCCUACCGGCGAAGAACCUACGCUAGCUCGGGUGAAUGGUUUUCUUCCACUAUCCGUGUCUGAAGAAGAAGGAAUAAUAGAGGACGAAAAAUACUACAUCACGCCGGGCAAGUGCAUCCUAUUCUUAUCGCGUGAGAAAAGUGGGAGGCCUUCGAGGCGAUAUCCUAAAUCAACAGACUGAAGCGAACAUCCUCUCGGUGGAGUAACGAUCGAAGGUUUGGUCGUUCGGUCCGUCGGUCGGUCGGGAAUUAAAUCACGAAGAAAUAAAAGAGUGCUGAUAAACCGCUUACAAGUGGGAGUAAACCCAGCAAGAGCGCAGCGGAAAAACAGGUGAAAUUUACUACAUUGCAUUCGGUGGUUUGAGGAAGCUUACUACAAGAUCGUCGGUUGGUGUUGUUGGUGGUAGAAGCGGCGCGAAAAGUUUGUUGCAAGUUUUUUUUAAUUUUUUUUUUCAUAUCAUUACUACCUUAUGUGAGGCUGAUGGCGCGCGAAGUGUGCGAAAUAGAAGUGCGCUAUUACGUGCAGUGAAGUGCUUUUUGCGGCAUGGUUAUACUUCCGUGCAGAGCCGGUCUGUAUGUGGUUUCCGUUGCUUUCCAGCGAAAAGGUGUAUAAUGGAAAGGAUAAUUAAUGUAUUCUGAAGAGAUAACCGGAAAGUUUGCUGCUGCUUGUGCAAAUACGAAGCGGAUGCUGCGGAAGGAAGAGAUUCGCCAGUCGGAAUUUUAAAGAAAAUGUGUCCUAAUUCUAACUCCACCGCAACCGGCACGUAAACGGACAAUUUCGACAUCAACUCAAGCGGUCCCUUCUUCAUCGCCUGAAUGCAACACGAUACUGUUGGUCACGAGUCAGUCAGGACCGGAGGCGAAACAAACAAUUGUACAGGCCGGCAAAAGGAUCAACUCGCCAAAGCGAAGGCAGCCACGGAUACACGCAAGCGAACCCAUCAACCGAAGGAGAGUUGUUCCGGAAAGAAAAAUUAAAAUCAGGAAAAAAGCGGAACCACUUGCAUCCUCAAUGCUAUCGGCGCAGUUUUCUCGACCUCUGCCCGCAACCGAAUCGGGAAGGAAAAGUCUGAUUCAUACUUUCUGAUUCAUCAUCAUCCGCCGCCGCCGCCGAAGAGGCAGCCCGGUGUGGUAGAUAGUAGUUGAAGUGAAAAGCAGACAAGUUAUGAUGUGGAAUAAAGUAAACCCGAGACACGUACCAGCUGAGGAAGUGGUGCUACUGGAAGCCAUACUGGCAGGGCCGCCCUUGUUGGUGCGAUGUUUGCUAAAAGUGUAGGUUCUCUGUGCACGCCUUUGAGCGAUGGUUUUUAAGCUCUUCACUUGCGGAAUUAUAUCCAAUAAAUUUUCGUGAGCGCAUGCCACUCCUGGCAGCCACAGUGAAAUGAGAACGAAGCGAGAAAAGUGCAACAGAAGAAAUUAAUAAUAAAUUAUAUUUCCCGUAUUUGCCCUCCACCAGUUCCUUCCCAUCGUCCUUAAUUUUUCGUUGUACUCACGAGUCAGAGCUGCUGUCUCAUGGUAUUUUCAUCUGCGCUCUAGCUCGCGUGUUCUAUUAAAGUGGAAAUUAUUAGCAAGAAAGUUAUAUUAGACCGGAAUAUGUUGGUACCCUUGCCGCGAGGGGUACGCCAUGAAAAAUGAGCGAAAUUUGUUGAAAAUUUACAAAAGUUACAAAAAGUGUGUAGAAGUGUGGAGAAGAAGAAUUUGCUCAACCCAACGAUCGACCGGCAAAAAGUAUGAAGCGCAGGGUUACGAUCGUGUAUCCUCCAGUGAGUGUGCCUCAUCGGUCCGGGUCCCGGUGGGAGGCAACUGCAAACGGAUGUGGUAAUCACAACUACACUCCCACAUCAUCAACCUCAUCGUCAUCAUCAUCAUCACCAUCAUCGUCGUCGUCGUCUUCGUCAUCAUGUUCAUCAUACUGCUCCACGUUGAGUGCCUCGGAUAAAAACACCUUCAUAGAAGAUGCCCUAAACAACAACAACAACAGCAGCAGCACCAGUAGUAAUAACACAGCCGGAUGGUGCAACGGCGCAGCUGCCCACAGUCCAAACAGCAGCAAUCAGCAUGAUUCAGAAAAGUGCAAUUUUAACAAAAAUAGUUCCGGUCAUCUCCCCGGAUGCGGUGGUUUGACCACCCCGUCCGGCGGCUGUGUAACGAACGGUACCAGAAUCGGCGGCAGCAGUGGAAGAUACCGCAACGCUAGCAUCGCCGACGAGGGAACCGACGACUGGCGGGUGUACUUCUUCGUCGGACUGAUUGCCGUGCUGUGCUAUCUAAACGGUGUCCAGGGUGACUUUGUGCAUGACGACAUUCCGGCAAUUACGAUGAACAAGGACGUGCUCGGGCUCAGCCCGAUCUCGCAGGUGUUCCGGAACGACUUCUGGGGCACCCCGAUGGCUGACCUGAGCAGCCAUAAAUCAUACCGACCGCUGACGACGCUGACGUUCCGCUUGAAUUACAUAACAUUUGGCCUUCGCUCACUAUGGUUUCAUGUCACCAACGUGGUGCUUCAUGCGGCCGCCUGUGUCCUGUUCACCCGGGUUUGCACGACGAUCGCCGGACUGCGGAAGAAUUUCGCUGUAUUUGCUGGACUUUUGUUCGCAGUUCAUCCCAUCCACACGGAAGCGGUAACGGGCAUUGUCGGACGAGCGGAUGUUUUGGCGUGUAUAUUUUUCCUAAUAUCACUCUUGGCAUACCAUGGGCACAGUGACGAACCGGACAGCAAUUCCCUCUGGCUGAGCAUCGUUCUCGGUGGGCUGAGCAUGCUGGCCAAGGAAACCGGCAUUACGGUAUUUCUGCUCAAUGCAGCCUACGAUGUAUACCGCAAUUGGUCCUCGUUGAAAAAGACCAUCCAGGAUGUGAGGUGGAGCGAGGAGACACACCAGCUCGGUCGCCGUGUCUCGCGGGUUUUGUUCUCCAUGGGGUUCCUGUUGGCCGUCCGGUUGGCGCUACUGCAAGGUUCACUGCCGAAAUUUUCCCAACAGGAUAACCCCACAGCGUUUCAUCCCAAUCUGUACGUCAGAUUGCUGACGUUCUGCUAUCUGGCCGCGUUCAAUUGGUGGCUACUGCUGUGUCCAUCGACGCUCAGCCACGACUGGCAGAUGGGAUCGAUACCAUUAGUCACAUCAAUAAGUGAUCCUCGGAAUUUACUCACGUUUAUUGCGUUUUUUGCCGCCCUGCUCCUCGUCUAUAGGGGAAUACUGGAUUUCGAGCAUCAACGUCACGUACCGGUCGUAUUAGGGUUCCUGUUAUUAGUUUUACCAUUCCUGCCGGCCACAAAUUUGGUCGUUACCGUAGGUUUUGUCGUUGCCGAACGGGUGCUCUACAUUCCAAGCAUGGGCUGCGUUAUCCUGGUGGUCUAUGGAGCACAGCGUCUCUGGGAACAUCGACCAAACAUGCGAAAGCCAAUAUUUACACUGGGCAUUAUACUGAUUGCUUCAUGCAGCUUGAAAACCAUUUCGCGGAAUCUCGACUGGAGUUCACGGGAAGCCUUGCUCAGAUCCGGACUGAAAACGUUACCUCACAACGCCAAAAUGCACUACAACUUCGGAAAUUUCCUCCGUGAUUCAUCCCAACCGGACCAGGCAAUAGAGCACUACCGGGAAGCGUUACGGCUUUGGCCGACGUACGCCAGUGCUCACAACAACAUCGGUACGUUGAUGGGCGAAUUCGAGACGGCCGAACACCACUUCCUGGAGGCCAUCAAAUAUUCGUCCGAGCACAUCAACGCACACUACAACCUUGGCCAGCUGUACCGUAAAGCCAACCGGACCACGGACGCCGUCCGGAUGCUGGAGCGGUGCAUCAAAGUGGAGCCACUAUUCACGGCGGCUUAUCUGGAAUUAGUGAAAUUAUACAGCGGUCUGAAGGCUGGUCAGUUGCUGCGGCGCGUCGUCCAGCUGAAUCCGUACGAUGCUGACCUGCGUCGGCAGUACGGCGAUUGGUUGGUGGAGCAGAAUUUGCUGCUGGAAGCGAUUGUACAGUACCAGGAAGGGCUCCGAAUAGUGGAAACACAUCAAUUAUCGGUAAUCGGAGCCUGUCGGACCCUGCGGAAGUUGGGACAGCAUGCCCGUCUCCAUCAGCUGAUAUUGAGAUGGCAGUUUAUAGUGCGCUUAUCGAAUGGUGGCAUACCGAUACAGACUGAGAUCUAUCUUCGUGAUUGGAGCAUAAAGCACGAACUGCGAAACAGGGCUAUGAUAUACGACACGGGCAGCGUGGUCGGUGGCGGAAGUGGUGCCGGCAGCAGCACCGGCAGUAGCACCAGUAGUGCAAAUAGUCCUCCCCAUGGAGUUCAUGGGAUGGGUGGCGUCAGUGGGCCUGGCGGCGAAGGACUCGGUAACAUCGGUGCCAUAGCCGUAAAAGAUUGCAGCUCAACCUUGUCCUCAUAUGACGCCUGUCGCAGUUCCACCGCAUCCAGUGGCCACCCGGCGUCGACGAUGGAAUCCGAAAUCAGCAUACGAAUUCUACGAGCACCGCACUGUAACCGCUCGGAACACCUUCCGGGUUCGUUGAAAAAUUGUAAAAUAGUUCCCAACGUAGCGUCAUCUUCAUCCUCGACGCAAACUUCAUCAUCGUCGAGUUCGACCACCCGAGGGGACGGUGGCCCAAAGACCGCUCCCCCCGGUGCAAAACACAAAAAGUGGCCAAAAUCGCGGCAUAAGCACAAAGGGACACCACCAGCUUCGGAACAGCUGGCACCAAGCUCCGAAGGGCUGACGCCACUGCUGGUGUCCAACAUGUUGGACAAACUAUAACCGGAGCUGGGACCGAUGACCUGCAGCUGCUGGAAGGUACUGCCUUCCGGUAGCAGCGAUUGUGAAUAGUUGCUGUAGUUUUUUUUAGAUAUGAAAAUUUCCUUGGUUGCUUUUAUUGUUUUCCUACGAUUCGGCUCAUAUUCACGCUAGGAAAACUGUAGGGAUUGACACGACAGGUAGUAUACCGGAACUAAUGAAAGCAAUUUUUCGUCAAAAUGUCCAGGGAAGUAGAUACAGGCAGUAUUGGCCGGCAACGGAGUAAGUAUUAUAGGCGACGCAACCGAGAAUGGUGUUGGGUGCAAUAGUAGUAGUGUGGUACGAAAUGGUUCCAUUGUUGAGGAUUGUUGAUUGUUCUGAUGGUUGGUUUUGCUAAUAUGGGCUUGGUUGAAUAGCGAAUUGCAAAAAAUAGAAUGCGCAAUACUCGCCUUUAAUAGCGUCACUAUUCCUUAUUAUUUUUGACCAUUUCACUUAUCCAACUGAUUUGUUUAUUUCGACAAUAUUCGGAUAAUUGGUUUGUUAUAUGGAAGCCCAUAAAUCAUGUCAACUUAACUGGGUUAAAAGCUCAAAAUUAGUAUGCUCGUUUUGCGUAAAAACUUCUACGAAGCGACUUUUACUUCGGAAAAGUGUGACCUUCUGAGCUAGUCUGACAUUGCUUUUAAAAUAUCUAGGCAUAAUUGGUAACCAUUUUUUAAUGAGUAAUAUUAUUACUGUAGGAUCAGUCAUAAUACAUGAUACAGUUAGCCGUGUGGUGAUCUAGCUUCUUCUUGAUUAUUUGUAAUUUAACCGUAUGGUCAUUCGCCUUUUAAUGGUUUAGUAACAUAUCACUAAACAUAAUGUUACAUUUAAAUAUAGAAUUACAUUUUUUGUGCGGAGUUCAGGGUGGUUCUGUAGGUGUUAGCUUGAAUUGGUUUCCUUGUUCCUUGGCCACAAGUGACCACCCCAGUAUCUGGAGGGGUGAGGUAGAAAGCCAGCGGUGAGUUGGAGUUCUUGGUUGGUUUGUUGGCAGGUGGGGUUGAUUCUUAGGUGGUUGCUUCACCGUCAGGAUGCUAUUAUUGAGGUU